UUCAAAAUUCUUUAUAAUUAGGUUUCUUUUAUUUAGAGAUAAUGAGUACCUUUAUUGACAUUCUGAGCUUUACAUUAGUGGUUUCUCCUAAUACGAUUGGAUUAGCUUGGCCACAUAGACAUGUCAAAAUUCAUCCUCUUCCACUACAACUUAGUAAUGUUCUUUGUUGUGAAAGUUUAAAUCAUCCAAGUCUAAGUUCUCGUUUAAGAGCAGGCUUUCAUGAUGUAGGAAUUGAGAAUGGUUUCAUCAUUGGAGUAAUCAUGUACGACAAACAAUUGCUUCCUUUAGUAGCUCAUACAGCGGAUCUUGAUAAUGACUAUGGAAGAGUUAAAGUACGCAUAGAUGGCAAUAAUGCCAACUUUACUGUACCAAUAUUGGAGAACGAUCCUUUAAAUGAUCUCUUUCGGAAGAAAUUCGGUCGAAAAAAUGUUCGUACCGCCGUCAUACACUACUAAUGCAACUUUAGAGUACACAUGGGCAGUAUUAUCGGUAGCCCGUUUUAAUAUUUAAAAAAUCAGUUCAAAAAGGUAGUGGCAAGUAUCCUGGAGGUCACUACUGAUAAUGAAGAAACAAUUCUGUAACGUAUCAGAUUCUUUUAUCGUAAUUCUGCAUGCCAAGAGCUU